AUGCCUGUGAGUUCACAGGCAUAUACCAUUCUGGUUCAUCUUAUCGACACCAAAAUCACGGGAUCUCGUGGUGCCGUAAGUGCUGAAUAUUUCCUCUACCAGGACUAUGCGGUGAUUUUCUUCUUUCGUCGAAAUUCCAUGAUUCCCUUCACCAAUCGUUGUUGUCCUCCGGGUGGUUCCUGUUCUUCCACACUAGACUCCUGGUUCGACUUGGAUGCCACUGCUAAGUCUACCUCAUCUGAGCCUCUUAAACUCAACCCUGCUUUUGCUCAUCGAAUAUCUGAGGUUGUGCGAAACUAUGCCAAACUUAGUAAGUUCAUUAUUGAUUAUGGAGUAAUUGUUCCAAGAACAUUGAAAAAUUUCAUGUGA